ACGUAAAAGGGGUCAGCGGGUCACAAUUAGAUGGCGGGUUGUCGUAUUAUAAUUGCAGUUUUGUCUGCAUUGUAGCCUUUCUUGACGAUCUGGAUUAGCGACACACUCAGCCGCUUCGAAACCUGGCAUGUGGAUUUGGGCGUGGAGAAUUUGCAUAAAGCAGCAACACAGGCACGCGCAUGCGUGCCAGGAAUGCAGCGGAUGGCGAGCGAGCUCCGCUGGAAUCUGUUUGCGGUGAUGUACGAGGUGAACAAAGUCGGGCGCAUUUGACGGAUGUCUUCAGACAGAUUGCAGGAUGGAAACUGUUGGGAGGAGGAAGUGGAGCAACUUGAACCUCCUUUGCCACUCAAGUCUGAGGAUGAGGGUGAUGGGACCCAACAUUUUUGUCAGCGAUGCCAAAGCCUAGCGCUGCCCUCCCAAAACUGGAUACAACGUCAGGUGUCGCCAAGCGUCUCGGUGAACGUGCCGCAUUUCUCUGUGCCGCCCGAGGUCAGCGGCGUGACCUUAUCGACGACGGCCUCCUCCUCCUCCGCCACUUCGUCCGCAGCCUCGCAUGUGCAACAGAGACGAGGAAGCUUGCCAAAUGAGUCGAGAAAAAUCUUCAUUACCUGCUCCUCGGACUCAUCUUGUGAGAUGAUGGCCUUUGUUGACUUUCUGUCCAAACAUGGCUUCCAAGCUGCGGUUGACGGGCCCCUUACAACCUGGGAGGACACAAUUAUGAAAGACCCAUCCACGCCCAUCAUUGUGGCUAUCAGUCCGCGCUACAAGGCCGACAUUGAAGACUGUGCUGUGCACACCCACGGUCUGCACACUAAAUACAUUUACUCCAUGAUGCAGCAUGAAUUUAUCCAACAAGGCAGCUUGAACUUCCGCUUCAUACCUGUGCUCUUCCUUAACGCCUCCCAGAAGGACGUUCCAGGAUGGCUUCAGAACACUCGCGUGUACCGCUGGCCGCGUGACACGGACGACCUGUUGUUGCGACUGCUGAGGGAGGAAAGAUUUGUUCCUCCUCCGGUGCAUGGGGAGCUCACACUCAUCAUCACACCUGUGGCUGCCACACCUUAAAUCCUACGUCUUAUAUUUAGGCAUAUAAUAAUUUUGCAAAAUGAUUUAUAAUCUUUUUAUACCUUCAAGAAAAAAACAGUAAUAAAACAUUUGAUUUGCUUUGUCAUCUCA